AUGGCUUCCUACGUUGUUACCGGGGUUAACAGGGGCAUUGGAUUUGAAUUCCUUCGCCAACUGUCUGAAAACCCUAAUUCAAUCGUUAUUGGGUUGAGUCGCAACAAGAAAGCCACUGAAGAGAAGGUCAAGGCUGAGAUCGGCCGCUCCAACAUACAUAUUCUAGAGGCUGAUGCGAGCGACGCCGCCGCCUUGAAGCAAGCUUCUGCGGAUACUUCAAAGAUCACGGGCGGGAAGAUCGACUACGUGAUUGCGAAUGCUGCCGUUGCGUCGGAAUGGUCAGAGUAUGGAAACGUGGAAUCCUUAGGCCAAGAGCCAGAGCGUUUCGAAAAGGACAUUCUUGAUACCAUCAAGAUCAAUACCAUCGGGCCUAUCCACCUCUUCACCUUCUUCCUUCCGCUGCUGCGAAAUGGUUCGGCCAAGAAGGCCAUUGCGAUUUCCACAGGAAUGGCUGACGCGGAGAUGAUCAGCAAGUUUGCAGUCGCCAUAUCCCCGUCGUACGCCAUCUCCAAGGGUGCCCUCAACGUGGCCGUGUCCAAAUUUGACGCUCAAUACCGUAAAGAGGGCAUUCUCUUCGUGGCCAUUUCUCCUGGCCUCGUCGACACUGGCAAGGGAGCAACUCUCACCGAGGAACAGAAGAUUGGUCUCGGAAAAAUGGUUGCACAAUUCAGUCAAUACGCGCCUAACUGGACUGGUGCCAUCACCCCUGAGGUGUCCGUAAAGGCGGUCUUGAAGGUUAUCGACGAGUCCAGCAUUGAGAAUGGAAGUGGCGGUGCUUUCAUUUCUCACUGGGGUAACAAGCAAUGGCUUUAA